AUGGCCUCUCCAACGUUGAGACCGGCCUCGGCGUCAUUGUUCCUUGUACCACUACUGUUUGCCGUUCUUUUAUAUGUGUUUUCAGACAACUCAAACGAAAAGCUUGAAACUACAACCCAUCAGGUGGUCUCAAGCAGAGAUGUCUUCAACCUCGAGUCGAAUGAAUUCAGCCUGCCCUACAAUGUAAGUCAGCUGCGUCGCAGAGCCGACGACGACACGACGACCUGUAAGAAGGGCACAAAGUGUAAGACAGUCGCAUGCUGCGGUUCCUUUCAAGGAACAGACGAUGGCAUCUGCGGCUUUGGCCCGGACUUUUGCGGCGACGACUGUGACUCUCAGUGUGACGCCAAAGCUGAGUGUGGGCAAUAUGCCGAAGUUCCUGGAACAACUUGCCCUCUCAAUGUCUGCUGCAGUCAAUAUGGCUUUUGUGGCAGUACAUCGGAAUUCUGCGAUGACAAGUGCCAGUCCAAUUGCGUGCUGGACCCGGAAGUGCCUUCUGGAGGCUCCAGCAAGAAAGUUCUCGACAACAAAGUCAUCGGCUAUUACGAAGCUUGGUCUGCCCGAAGGUCCUGCAGAGCCUUCCCGCCCAGUGGCAUUCCCAUUGACGGGUUGACACACGUCAACUUUGCCUUUGCCUACAUCGACCCAGAUACGCUCCAGGUCACAACCAUGGACUCAGCAACACCUGAAAGCCUGUUCGUGCAGACAACCGCUAUCAAAGAUCUCAAAUCCCUCAGCUCCGAGCUCGAAGUUUGGGUGUCCAUCGGUGGCUGGACGUUCUCGGACAACGACACGUCUACACAAGCCGUGUUUCCAGACAUUGCAGGAGAUGCCGACAAGAGGCAGAAGUUUGCAGAUAACCUCGUGUCUUUCAUGACGCGCUACGGAUUCGAUGGCGUUGACUUAGACUGGGAAUACCCCGGCGCUGGUGAUCGUGGUGGUUCCGAGGUAGACACAGACAACUACGUCCUACUCCUGAAGACGCUGCGGGAGACCUUCCAAGCGUCGCCGCGCGGGGACUAUGGUCUCUCAUUUACCAUCCCAAGUUCGUAUUGGUACUUGAAGUGGUUCGACGUUCCCAGCAUGCUCAAGUACGCCGACUGGACUAACAUCAUGACAUACGAUCUUCAUGGUGUAUGGGAUGCCAACAACCCCAUUGGAAACAUUGUCCAGGCCCAUACGAACCUGACGGAGAUCAAGCUCGCUGCCGACCUGCUGUGGCGUAACGAUGUGCCCCCAGGCCAAGUCGUCCUCGGCCUCGGCUUCUAUGGUCGAUCCUUUCAGCUGAAGGAUACCGACUGCACCAAGCCGGGUUGCGCGUUCAGCGGGCCUGCCAAAGCCGGUGACUGCACGAACUCGGCGGGCACGCUGGCCUACUUUGAGAUCAUGGAUAUCAUUGCGGACCAAGAUCCCAAGGUCGUCUACGACAAGGCGGCCGCGGCCAACUACAUUGUGUACGGCGACGACAAGGACAUGUGGGUUAGCUACGACGACAACACAACCUUUGCCCAGAAGGUUGACUGGGCUAACGAGGUCGGCCUCGGCGGUGUCAUGAUAUGGAGCGUUGAUCAAGACGAUACAUCCUUCUCGGCACUCGAGGGCCUGCUGGGAGAAUCGCUGCCAUCCUUCUCGCUGAAUCUGGAACGCGCAUCAGUAGCCAAGACAGCCGAAUGGGCAUCUGUCAAUGGUCAGGCUUGCAAGGUCAGCGACUGCGUGAGUCAGUACGAGGUUGCUCCCUCGGGCUGGGCCACUGCGCCCAACGGCAAGUUCAGAGAUACUUGUGGCAGUGACAUUCACGGCUACAUGUAUAAGCACGUCUACUGCCCGACGAAUGCUAUGCCCCAGUCGUGUACCUGGCGCGGCUCUGGAUCGUGUCAUGGACAGUGCCAUGCAGGGGAGACCACGAUCACUCACAGCUCUAGGGGCAGCCAGUACUGUCUAGCACCCGGGAAGCAAGCCUUCUGUUGCGAGAGCAAUACGUGGGCUAGCUAUGUCGAUGGAUGCGCCUGGGCUGACGGCUGCGGUGACUGCCCGGCCGACUCCCCCUACGAAGUCAGCUCGCGGAGCAUCUAUAAGGCCGUCUUUUCAUCGUGUAAGCAGAAGUUCUGCUGCCCUUACGACUUCCAGAACUGCCACUGGGUAGGCAAGGGCACGUGUGACGACAAUGAGUGCUCGUCUACCGAUGUCGAGGUGGCGCUAGAUCCUUCGGGCGACACUGGAUCUCUCUGCGCAGGCGGUCUCAGUUCGAGGCAAAAGCCGCUCUGCUGCAACACCCCGGAUAAUGUCAAUCCAUUCCUCCCUGUCGACCUUGAAGACUUGUUCCCAACGUUGCCGCCUACCGGCGACGUGCCGGUCUUUGAGCUGCAGCCUCUUUCGUACACCGCUGGAGAUGUGGCCGACAAUGAUGACGCUACGGUGGCAGCCUUCCUGUUCGUCGUCAUCGAUGGACCGUCAGGCACCGUCUCGAACUUGGACAAGCGUGAGGGAGGUUCUCAUUUGCAGUUCCUGACCCGCGGAUCACACCAUGGACAAGAAGCCCAAUCGACCUACUUCGUUUGCAUGGACGACUCGGCCAAGAGUAACUGCGACGACACGCAUAUGGGCGGUCUCGAGGGCACAGUUCUGCGCAUGCCUGAUAACAUGGGCUUCGGCAAGUAUGCUGUGGCUCAUGCAGUACGAGAGACGACCCAUGCCGUGCCCGACAAGCUCAUCAAAAGGGGAGCUCCUGCUAACGCCAAAGUCAUGGAACUCGAGUACAGUUACGACUUCUCGCGCGUGGCCAAAAGGGACUCUGGUGACAUAUACUUCCGAGUUGACUACUCUGACACCCACAAGUACUAUGAGCAAGUAGUCGAAGCAGCGGCUGCCAAGAGGAAGCGUGAUGAUGCCGAUGGGCACCCCCUUGAGUCGCGCUUCUGGAGCAAGCUGUCUUCAGUUUGGAAAACCAUCAUCGAGGGUAUUCGAACCACGGCGUACAACGAGAACACUCAGCCGGCUAUCAAGAAGAGCGACUUCACCUCCUUGAUCUAUGGCAAUGAUGGCAGUGACAACGAUUGCGAGGAUGACGGCUUCCUCAAGAUCAGCCUGUCAGGUUCCAUGAGUAACAAGAUGCGGUUCGGUUUUACGCUCGUGGGAACCAUCUCGCCGACACUGUCAGUCGAGGAGGCAUACGGGUACUUUGACUCUGACCUGUUGAUGUCGGCGACAUUGUCUUUUGAUGGCAAGGGCGUGCUCGACAUUAACAGCGGCGACGGUGUGGCGCGCGACAUGUUCUCGAGCGCCAUCACCAACUUCGAAGCCUCGCAGCCAGGCAUUGUGUCCUUCUCACCAUCACUCAACUGUGAGGUCUCAUUAAGGGGUUCCGGCGCCAUUGACGCUCAGUUUGACGUCGACUUCGAGCUGGCGUCGUCCGAGACGUUGCGCACGAAUGCACCGCCGGGGCUUGGAGACUUCUCUGGGGCCGUGAAGGACAAGAGAAUCAGCAAUGCUGCCACUGGAUAUCUGUCUGUCCCCGAUGACUCUGCCAGUAGCAUAAAACGAGCAACUGGCGGGUCGUUCAACUCCAUCUUCGCCAUGAACAUGGUCCUGGAGACUACCAUGACGCUCAAGCUCUUCGGUUACGAGACGUCCCUGGAGAAUGCCGGUGCCAAGUUCACUUCUCGGCUGGUUCACGCCAUCAACAUCGUCGAUGAUGUUGGCACAGGAUCCCCUGGAAUUAUCGAUGCGCCUCAGGCCGCGUCCGCCGAUGUGGUCCAGACAGGGACCAUCCAAUCUGGGUGGGAUGACGGGACCACGCACAACAUAGGCAGCGUGGCGAGUCCCGCCGUCGUCUUCACCGGUGGCGAAGAGCCUCCCGAGCGCGAGGCACCCAAUAUCAACGGAUAUGCUGUCUUCGGCGACAAGUCUUUCAUGGGGUGUAGCGACAACAGUACGACCGCCGAACUAAUUUGCUAUUACAACUUCUUUGUUGAUAACAGCACUGAUGACGACACCACCGACUUGAAGCGCAGAGGUUUCGCCGGGUUAGAUUUGACCUUCAAACCAGAGCAUCUCGGUGACCUCAGCGAACGUGAGAAGGCACACUUCAGACGCCUGGACGAGCGAGCUGCUGGUCCUAGUGGAGGGUCAACUGAGGACUAUCCGAUAUUGGAUGCCAACGCUAACGGUGGUACCGCCGAUGGCUUCAAUUUCCAGUUUCCAACCUAUCCCAACGGCAACAACGGAGACGCCCUCGAUGCUGAGACUGGUCGUAACGAACGGUGGAGUAUAGCCAAUCCCAACGACUGUGAGGACACCUCCGCUACCAGUGCCGGCGUCCAAGGCGUGAACUAUCAGACGGUAGAGUCGGAUCACGUAGACGACCGGUCCAUCUUCCCGAAUCAUGCCGCCCAGUUCUUCCAGACCGGACAGCUCGACAUGGCUGACAAUGAGCCGGGCUUGUCCACGAUCUAUCAGAGCCAGAACAGUCUCUUCAGCUUUGCCAAUCUGUUCAACUACUUUGCCCACGACUACCGGCUUUGGGUACCAGCUAGCGUCGAGGCAGACCCGCCGGCAGGUUCGGCCGCCGAGGCUGUGGCUGAUGCCUAUGGAUCAUCAAGCAACCCGGAUGUCAUGGUCAAUCUGGCAAGAGCCCUCAACUCGUUGAAGGGACGAAUGUACACGACCGAAGGCCAGGGCGUCAGCGAUGACAAUUGGAACACAUGGAUGAACAAUCCAAGUCUCGCCAACGCCGAAGACGCCCUGUCGUCAAUCCGUGCUGUUUUCGCCAUGUGGAAUUACAUGAACGGCAUUGCACAAUAUCGAACGGACUUGUUUGAUGGCCGACGGGACGCGUUGGCCGUCUUCGACAACCUGUACGCCAGGACGUUCCCCAAUCGGCCUGAGCGACUCGUAACGCUCAUCGACGAGUUCCAGCCGUUAUGGAACCAGCGCGCCGUCAACUUCUCCCGGCGUUAUGUCACCGCUCGCCUGGAUUCCAUGGAAAACACUUACAGGAACCUGCAGGGCACACAUGCCGCCCUGGCUGCCAAUGUGAUCAGCGCCAUCACCCGCAUGAGGGCAAGAAUCCAGACGGAGAUUGUAUUAGCGGUAUAG